GAAUCCAGCAUAACCCAUUCUCCACUCCUCUGUUCGGCAAAAUCUAGGGUUUGAUAAUUUAUUUUAUAUUUCCCCAAUUAAAUAUCAUCAUCUUCUUCCCAAUCCGUUCCCAAAUUUUGUUCAACUUUUGAUUCGAUUAUGAGAACUCGAAACGCUGACAAUCCCAAAUCGCCUCCUCCGGUGAAAAGAACCCCACCGGCCAGGAAGUCGGCAACUAAAACCCCUCUACCGCUACUGGAUGCCUCCCAACAAUCACCAUCUGAUUCCACGAUUACGCCUAAGCGUGCUUCUUCCACCAGAGGGAAAGCUGUGGCAACAAACGAUGCCACCGCAACAACUCCAGAAACACCAGUUCAUGUGAUGUUACAUGCAGUUGAAGCAUUAAAGGUACAGGAUGACACAGUCAAGGUAACUCCUGGGAAAAAACCUGGAACUAAAAGGACUGUGAAAAGAGUGGUUAAAAGGACUGUUAUCAGGAAAAAGGCUCCAGCUUCUGCUAAAUCGGAUGAUGCCAAGACACAGCCUGCUUCAGUUGCAGUUGAAAAGGAUGAUACUGAAGUACCUGUGGAAAAGGAAGUCAUUGACGAGGUAAAGGAUGUGGCAUAUGCGAAGCAGGAAGAGUUGAGCCCAAGCGAUGUUAAAAAAUCUGUUGAGAAGGAAGAACAUGUUGAUGAUACUGGUGUGUCCCAAAAGGGUGAUAAGGAUGUUGCAGAAGCUGAAGAUAAUAUGAAGGAUGUGGAUGAGAGCAAUGAUGUUCAGCCCUCUAUUGAAAAUUUGGAAAGUAGUUUGAGGCAGGAAAGUUCUGAUAUCACAGAUGUUGAAAAAUCUCUAGAGCAUCAGGAACCAGAAUUAGAUGAAAUAGAAAACAUGGAAACAGAAGAGAAAGCGCCAGAAGUUCAGGAACCCAGCUUGGAGAAGGAGGAAGUGGAUGAGAAGGAAAAUAAGGAAACAGAUGAUGAUAACUCCUUAGAGAUCCAGGAACCAGGCAUAGAAGUUGGAAAAAAGGAAGAGAAGGAAAAAGAGGAACCUGAUGUUAAGGAACUUGUCCAGAAUCAGGAAAUCACCAUGGGAGUAGGGCUGGAGGAUGAGCCAGUUGACACGGAACAGGUGCCAACAGAAAUUGACGAGGAUAAAGUAGAGUUGGAGGAUGAGCCGGUUGACAUGGAGAAAAAUAUCAAUGAGGAACCUAAGGGAGAAGAAGAUCCACAAGAGCGUGUAUGUCUAAGCGAUGAGGAAAAGGACAAGGACAUUGGCACUGAUGCUCAUGAAGAAGAUGAUGAAGACGAGCUUGCAGAUGAAAAGGUGGCAGAACAUGGUGAAGUAGAGUUGGAAGAGGAUCAUGCAGAAUUUACAGCAGCUGCAGAGGAGCGGAGGAGAAGGAAAGAAUUCGAGAUAUUUGUUGGUGGAUUGGAUCGAGAUGCUACAGAAGAAGAUGUAAAGAAAGCUUUUGCAAAUGUUGGGGAGGUUGUUGAAGUCCGAAUGCAUAAGGAACUUCCAACUAAUAAAAACAAGGGAUAUGCAUUUGUGAGAUUUGCUCAGAAGGAGCAUGUAGCCCGUGCCUUGUCGGAAAUGAAAAAUCCUGUUAUACACGGGAAGCGAUGUGGAACUGCACCAAGUGAGGACAAUGAUACUUUGUUCUUGGGAAAUAUAUGCAAUACAUGGACAAAGGAAGCUAUAAGACAAAAACUAAAGGAUUAUGGCAUUGAAGGUGUUGAAAGGAUCACACUUGUUGCUGAUCCACAACAUGAAGGGUUGAGUCGUGGUUUUGCAUUCCUUGAGUUUUCGGGUCACCCUGAUGCUAUGCUUGCCUAUAAAAGGCUUCAAAAGCCUGAUGCUAUUUUCGGCCACCCUGAGAGAACUGCCAAAGUAGCUUUUGCAGAACCAUUGCGUGAGCCAGACCCAGAGGUUUUGGCACAGGUUAAGUCUGUGUUUGUUGAUGGGCUCCCACCUCAUUGGGAUGAAGACACUGUUAGGGAGCACUUAAAAGGCUAUGGCAGUAUUGAGCGUAUCAUGCUGGCACGGAACAUGUCAACUGCCAAGAGGAAGGAUUUUGGAUUUAUUGAUUUCACUACUCAUGAAGCUGCUGUUGCUUGCAUUGAUGGAAUAAACAGAAGAGAACUGGGUGAUGAGAAGAUGAAAGUGAGAGCAAGACUUUCGAAUCCUUUGCCUAAAACUCAGGCUGUGAAAGGUGGAAUAUCGGGAGGAUUUCGAAUUGGUCAGGGCAGUGGUGCUACCUUUCCAAGAGCUGGGAGGGGCUUUGUAAGAGGUGAACAUCCUUCCAACCGUAUGAACUUUCAACGAGGCAGGGGUUUCUAUCAACAUGGACAUGGUCAAACCAGUAGAAUGGGUUUUGCAGAGGACUACCCACCUCCUGGUCCUCAACCCCCUUUCAGAGGGAGACAGAAUUUUGGACGAGGAGGGAGGUGGGAUAAUUUUAGGGGUCCCCACCCGCCAUCUGGUCAAGGUACUGUGCCAGCAAGAUUUGAUCUUGAUAGGCCCAGGCAUGGUGCUAUAAUGGAUCGUGAUCAUCCUAUGCCAAUGAGAGGACAAUCAUUUUUGCCUGAUGAAGAGUUUACCAGACCUUAUGGUGGCAGGCACUAUGAAGACUCGUACAUUUAUGGAGAUACUGCACGUGGAGUAAAACGUCCAUAUUUUGCUAACCAGGAUCCUGACUACAUUGAGCCUAGCAGAGGUCGGCCUCGUUUGGAUUACUCUGACCCAGCAAUUUCAGUUCCUGGAUCUCGCUUACGAGGAGGUGGCAGUGGUGUUCAUUCACGUGACUACUAUAAUUAUGACUAUAAUGGUUCAUAUUCAUCUUACUAUGGCGGUGAUCGGCCCUAUGGCGGUGAUCGGCCCUAUGGCGGUGAUAGGCCCUAUGGCGGUGAUAGGCCCUAUGGUGGUGAUAGGCCCUAUGGCAGUGAUCGCCCUUAUGGCGGGCGAUAUUAUUAUUAGACUAGGCAACUACUGGUGGACACUUGGAGACAGAAUGUGAUGUGCUGGUCUGGAGUGUUCGUAUCUGCUUGCGGCCGCUCUAUAGGAAAGCCAUCUUUUUUAUAUUCCUCUCUUAGACUGUCCUUUCCUCUGAGGUUCUUUCUUCGCUCCAUGGCUUUUCCUCUCAGAUCUCAGUCCGGAUUGUUUUUGGUUGAACAUACAUGUUGGGCUAAUCUUUAGAUUGUCCCUUCCUAUAGGACAAGAUAUGUCAGUAUUUUACAUGGAAGGAGUUUAGUCUAAGAUGCUAAUUCAUCGAACUAUGUCUAGGUACCAUAAGGGCUUAAAUUUCGGACUGGAGGUUAUCUAAGAUGUAAGGCAUCUCUUUUAUAUGAUCAUUGUCUUGGAUUCAGCAUAUAUAUCAACCCUUUAUAUCCUGAAGUUUAAGGAAACCGAUUAGACGCUUAUGUUUUGUAAGUGUAAGGUUUGAGAUCUAAGGUUUUUCACUUAGCGAUUCAAGGGAAUUGAUGUAAUGUAGAAUUUAAGCCCUCUAGAGGUUCUAUUGAUGAUUCUUGUGAAGACGUGUUUUAGAUUUUACAUGUUGCUUGUGUGCCACAUGGAGUUUGAUCAGAUUAAAGGAAAAUAUACUAAGAUAUGUUUCUAAA